AAUUCAAAGUCAAACAAACCUCAAACAAACAUGCAACCAACUGACACAAGAGGGAAUUAAUUUCUGUCUAGUUAUUAACCAAAAUAAUAAAAAAUUAUUGACAAAAGAAUUAUUAUAUUAUUAUAUUACAUAUAUUUUAUAUAUUCUUUUUGUAAUCGUCCUUCCAAAUGGAGAGAGUUACUUCAUCAAAGUCUCUAGACAAAUUCCACUCUCUCCCGAACAUCCGGUCAAGUUCGCAAAAUGAGUUGGACUUCCGCCGUUUCUACAGCGUGUCGCUCUCUCAUAUCAGAAAGCGUUGUGAAAACAAGGGAUUUGGAGACUAUAACAACUACAAACCAUCGCCUUUUAAUUUACGAUGGGUCCACGGCUACAACCCGAAGGUGGGUGUGAUUAACCUGAACGUCCAAGGCAGCAGCACAGCGUUCUACGCGGCGGGGAACUGCGCCGUGCUCUACAACUGGACUGCUAAUCACAUGAAGAUCCUGCAAGGGCAUAAACACAUAGUGACAUGCAUAUCUUCCGACAGCGAGGGAAAAUGGCUCGUCACGGCAGACUCUGGCCCUGAAAAUGUCAUCAUAAUAUGGGACAGUUCCGACUAUUUCCCACAAAAGACAAUCUUCAAUCCGCACCGGAACGUGAAGUUGGCGAAGGUGGCCAUGAGCGCAGAUGCCAAGUUUCUUCUGACGUUGGGAUAUCAGGAGAGAGCUACGAUUUGUUGGUGGAUUUGGUCUUUCGGCUUGGACGUUCCCCAUGCAUCCUUAGAAGUGGAAAUUCCUAGAGGCGGUGUCGUCGAUAUGGGUUUCAACCCCAGCAAUACUCAACAGUUCUUGCUAAUGACCAAACAUGAUAUAUGGAUUGGUAUCUCUGCUAAAAUAUUCAUAAUGGAACGGGGUCUACUUAAAGAAACAGACGAUUAUGAGCUAAAGGUCCAAGUGCCAAACAAAAAUAUAACACCAGACCACGGCAGGCUAACAUGCUUCACUUUCGUAAAGGAUACCGCCCAGGUUUUGGUGGCUACCAGUCGUGGGUCUGUCCUGGUAUACGGGUAUACCAUAGAGUACAAAAUAAACGUAGAAGACACGAACUAUGAAAAUUUAAAGUUUAUCAAGGUUUUGAAGGUAGAGCAAAGAACGAUUAACGUGAUCAAAAGUAUUGAUGGAGUGAUCGUCACCGGUAACAGUGCCGGCGAGAUUCAUUUCUACGACAACCAGAUGAAGCUACUCUACUGGAUCCACGGCUUCACAGUGGACUCGGUGAAAGGACUCAGUUUCAAUAUUUCCCCAAGGAGUUACAUGAUUUUGGAUCCCAAGUGUAAUAAAAUAUGCCCAUGUUGGGAGAAGGUCGUCAUCGAAGUGGACUCGGAAACGGGCCUGCCGCGACAAAAGCUCAUGAAGCAGGCUUUGCCCACUGACGCCACCGCGAGUGGCAAGCCCCUCCUUGUGAGGGAUUUCAUUGUGUGUACACACAACGAAGGCGUCGGUUUCGUAGAUUUUGUGACGGAGAAGCUCGUCACAAUUCUGGAUAACAAGAUAUCGCACGCUCUGGCGCUAUCAGUACACCCGGAAAAGGUAUGCGUAUGUAUCGGAUACGCCGACGGCACCAUCGAACUGGUCAACUACAUCCAGCACAAGCUCUUCAGAAGAAUCGAUCUAAGGGACUACUACAAGGUGGUCAUACCUCCCCAGGAAGACUCCAUCAAGGGGGAAGUGGAGAUCACUAGGCCUCAGCUUUCUGUCACUUGCCUUAAAUAUUCCCCUUCAGGUAUGCACCUUGCCUGCGGGUUGGACACAGGCCAGCUGAUAUUUCUCCACCCCACAACCCUCAACAUCCUGACAGAGAAGCCCCAUCAAGACUCCUUGUACGCCAUCAUUCAGUUCGCCUACAGCUGUGACUCCAUGACUCUAGCUUUAGCUGAUAAAAACAGAACCGUUUGCGUUUACAAGUUCGAUUGUGAAACUUUCAAGUGGAGGUUUGUGGGCAAGCACAGGGCUCACUACAAGGACAUUACCUCCGUCUUCUUCCUGCCCACCAAGAAUGAUGACGGAGACUACAAGCUUCUUUCCAUUGGAGCUGAUAGAAUCAUGGUGGAGUAUGAUAUUGGUGCAAGUAGUGAGGAAUGUCUGGAAGUCCUGAGCUUGGAUAGAGUGGAUCAGAGCGCUGUGCCACUGUGCGGGAUCCCCUGGGCGAACGAUACUAACUUGGACCCUGAAACGCAUCGCAAUGACCUGCCUAUGAUUCUCAUUGCCAAUGAUGAGUACAAGUACAAAAUCGUGAACUACGCGACGACAAUGACCUUAUCAACAGUCCUAGGCCCUAGAUACGAGCACCCUGUAUGUCGCGUACAGCUGGUCACGAGGGCGAAGGGGGAAGAAGAGGCACAGUACCUGCUGUUUGCCACGAAGAACAUCAUCGGCUUGCAGAAGAUGCCGCUCGACGGCAAUCCCUGGAAACAUACUGCGUUGCUUGCCCAUCCUGUUCAGAUAUUGGAGAUGUGUUAUCGUGAAGAUAGUGGAACGUUAUUCAAAAUCGGCGCGAAAGAUAACUGCAUGUAUCAGUGGGCAGCCAAUUACAGGUCAGUGGAUACCACCACAAAGUUGGGUGGAGGUGAUUUGGAUCCUUACUACUGUUUGAUAGAGAAUGGGCGUCCCGGUUGGCUGUUCCAUGAGAUCCGAGACCUGUUCUACUACAUCCAGAUCCUAUGUCAGGGCACUUUCUCACCAGCUAUGAGGCAGGUCAAGGACUACAUACCUGUUGACUCGUUGCCUGAUUUGAUGAGAGCUUUGGGGUAUUUUCCUUCUGAGUAUGAGGUAGAAAACCUGGUGGUGGAAGCGAAGUACAAAGUCUACCAACGUUCCCCCAGUUCUGAGAUAGACUUUGAGGAGUUCGUGAAGCUGUACCUCAACCACCGGCCGGCGCUCGGGGACAACUUCCGGAAGAUCAAGAACGCGUUCCGGCACUUUGCCGCCAUGAAUAACAACAAACUCACCAUCAACCGCCAGGAGUUUAUUGACAUGCUGAGUAAUAAUGGAGAAUGCUUCUCGCGGGAGUUGUCGUGGUACUUGCUGUCAAUCCUUAAUGGUCACAGCUUCGAGGACAGAGCAGCUAUGGUUGAAGGGGACUUUACCUUUUUGCCUGAGGAGAUAACGCUCGAGGAGCUGUCGUCGAACAUCCUGGGCAUUCAGGAGCUGGACGCGCUGUCGGAGCAGUACUCCAACAAGGAGUCGCUGGGCUCGCAGCAGACCGCCUCCUCGGAGUCGGAGGAAGCGAUCAACUUCUAGUUAUAUUACUUUAAUUACUUACCUACUUCAUUUUGUU